AACGAAAAUUAACCGGUAGAAUGGCCAUAUUCAUAUCACUGGCCAUCACUUCACCGUGACCAUGCAACUUUUUAAACAUAUUGCAUGAUUUCUAAGUAGGCCUGUUAGACCUGGACUAAUUAAUCCAUUUUUUCCCCACGCAUUAUCUCAAGAUUCAUCCCAUGUUUCGUCCCUUUCAACGUCUAUUUCCUCCUCUAUCUAUCAUGAUAGUAGCAUAAAGAGAAGAACACGGUGCUUGAUGCCUUUCCUGAUGCGCGCACAAUGACUUUUCAAUCAAAUACAUAUUAAUCAUUAGAUUCCCACAAAGGGCAUUUAAGUGCCUAUAAACUCAAAGCUACCAGGCUUCGACAGUCGCAACCAAUUACAAAAAUCUAUUGCCAGUCAGUCUUGCUCGCGUCCUAGCUCCUUAAGGAAAAAAUGGCCGCCGUCGGAGCCAGCGACAACAUCAACAUUUCUGAAAUCACAGCCAACAUGAAAGCGGAGGGAGUCCAGUCCCCUGAGAUGGAAGCUAUAGUGAAGGCACUUUCAGACGACACGAUAUGGAAAACAAUCGAGGGAUUCAAGGGCAAGGACAUGAGCACUCAGGAGAAAAUGAUUAACAACAUGAUGGCCAGUGGUGGUCUAGCUCAACUCGGCAUUCCUGUUCCAGAGCCGGUGAACCCAGAUGACCCUCACGUGAUCACGAUCGCAAAAUUUGCAGUGGAAAAGCAGAACGAGAAUGCCGGGACAAGCCUGGUUUUCAUCCAAGUGAAUGGAGGCCUGCAGUGGAAAAUUGUCAUUGGCACUCUCUAUAUCCUUUUCCUUACAACUCAGGAUUCUAAGGGCACAUACACCGAUCAUGCAGUGGUUUUUGAGACCUUUUUGGGUCAGAAGUACCUCUUCUGGUACAAGCAUUAAUCAAGCAUCACUGCCCGUCCUGAUCGAUCAAUUGAGGAUGACUAAUGUACUCUAUUAACUACGUACUUUUAAUUAUGUGGUGUCUGUGGUGUGGUUUGAUUAUAUGCAUGCAAUGGAUGUUUUAAACGAUGGGUGCACUUCUGACAUGCAGGCCAUAUUUGAGCUACUGCAAUCAAUUAUUUGGCCGUCCUCCAUUUAUGUUCCAUUGGAUCAUGGUAAAA